ACCAAGCGUCAGCGGGCAGAAGAAAAUUGUACUUUUUGCAUUAAAAAGAUCAAAAUAAAGAGACAAAAAAUGCCAAAUCAAAAUGUGAAGCAGCUCGUGCAGGAUUUGCAGCCCUUUAAGGGGGCCAUAGAGAGUGCCCAUCGAUUGCUCACCUGGGAGAAACAAUAUUAUCCCGGGCUGCUGUUUGUCGGCAUAAGUAUCAGCUAUGCCACGUUGUGGUACUUGGACCUGUCGGUCAUCACGAUGUUGUUUCUGUUGGUCUUCGUGGUAAAUAUAUUCCACUAUUUGUUACCAACAAUUUCACGCUGGCUGGGAAAUGCCCUCGACUGGGAUGAGCAGCACGAAGAGAAAUUUGAACAUGUUUGCGAACAGAUCUACAGCUUCAAGGAGCACUGGGCCGCAUGGGUCCAGUAUCUGUUCAAGGAGCGCCUGUCGGCAGUACUCGUGACUAUGAUCAGCCUUAUCCUGCUGGCCUUUGCCUGGAUCGGCGCCAACGUUGACAAUUGUCUGCUAAUGUACUUGGCCACAUUGCUCAUUGCCAUUUGGGCUGGUCUGAAGUACAAUCUGAACGACUGCGGCUCCAAAUCGAAACUAAAAUAACAUCUUCAAAUAUACUAGAACACAGAAUAGCACCAGCUUGCCGCUUUUGGACUUCUUUCCUCAUUGACGGAUUCGAGAAACUUCGCAAAGGACAAACCCACAAGAAACCUACACAUUAACCAAUUCAAAUCACUUUAAAACAUACUUCUGGACACUCAAUAAACGGCUGCAGUGCUGGUACAUCAACAAUAAUA